CUUUAAACAGAAACACCAGUUUAAAAACAUGGCAUCUUCUCGAGGACAAUUUCUAGGAACUAUAUACAAAAGAACACAAGGACUUAUAAGAUCAGGUGCUUUGAGGAGAGAAAAGAUUCCCAUUUGGUAUAAUGUUUAUGAAGCUUUUCCUCCAUUAGACACAUUUGAUGCUGAAAGGAAAGAGCCAGAUAUAUCCAGCAGAAUUAAAAGAAUUAAUUAUCCUGAAGACUUAAUUAGAAUAAAAUUUUAUGAUGAAUAUAGCACCCCAGAGGUUGUGAAUUUAGAGAGCAAUGUAGACACCCUGAGUCAAAAAUUUGCAAAAUGUUAUAUAGCCAAAAAGAGCUCAAUGUUAAAACAGCAGUCAGAAGAAUCAACAGAGUCUAGUCCAAAAGAAGACAAUUCAUUAGAGGACAAUGGAGAAAAUUCAUUAGAGGAGAGACUAAAAUCUUCAGCAGAGGAAAGAGGGAGAGGCCCCUCAGAAUCUGAUGUUAGUUUUGAGAAAAUUCUAAAAGUUUUUGCUCAUGAUCACAAUCUCAGAAUGAAAGAGGAAGAUCUUCGACGACAAAGAAAGUUGAAACAAAGAGAAAGCAUUCAGAUGAGGGAACUUAAAAGACCAAAGAAACCAUAUCGCUCUGAGGCCAUUGUAGGGACUUGGGAUCAAAUAGAGAAGUUAUGAUGGAAGUCUAACACAUUAAAAAAAUAUUCAAAAAAAUCAUAGUGUUUGGUUGUGUUUGUAUAAUGACAUAUAUUUUUAGAAAACUUCUAGUUUACCUGAAAAUUCAUUUAUACACAAAAUGAAAAAGUAUCUUUUUCGCUUAUUGAAAACAUUACCAU